AUGCCGUACUGGGAAAGUGCUGGGAAUGUUUCUGUCUGGGGAGCGAGUGUGGUAUUGAAGGGAAGCGUGUUCGUCGUGAGGAGGAAUGCUACUUUGAGUACUAUGGCGUGUCCCUCUACCAUGACCUUGCGCAAGCUGGAGCUGCUAGCCGUCAAACGGACAAUGCAAUCCCGAGGUCACAACAAGCUCUCCCCUCGCUCCUCCGUCAAGCGAAAAGCUUCUCCAAUCAACCUCGCCGCUCUCAAGAAACGACUCUUCAAAUCACCAGAGCCACCCGAGCUCCCAGCUCCAAAAAGAUCACGAUUGGACAAGGAGCCUUCUGCUCCCGCAAGUAGCGCAGGUGUCAAACUCUGGCGUCCACCAGGGCAGGAGAAAACCGCAUCGCCCGAUCCCCCUACCGUCUCCGACGACUACAGCUCCCUGCUCUCCUCUGUGGAAGAGAUGGCCGAAUGUUCCUUGGCGGCAGACAGGCUCACUUUUGAGAUGGAAAUCAUCCCCAGCAGGUUGCGCCAUUCCAUACCAACAUCACUGGGCCGCGACAAAGUCUCUGCCGAAGUGGCGAACCUCGUGGCCAGAUUGGAAAGGUCCAAUGACGGAGAGUUGAAGAGGGAAAAGGAACAGCAACAGGAGCUCUUGCGCGGCUUCAGAAAGAAGAAGCGAGCAUGGGAGAGGCUGGAAAUUCUCAAAAAGGAGGAUUGGGAGCAGACGUCAGCUGAGGCGUUGAGGGCGAAUAAAACUCUCAAUCAGCUGAAAUUCCAUAAGAGAAGGCGAGGCUUAAUCGCGAGGCAAUGGCGUAUGCCAUGA